CUUGAAUUCAAAGUGUUUGGUUAGUUUUAAUAAUCUACCAAUAUGUUUACGCAUAAUUAUAAAAAGUUCUCAUAUUUAUUGUGUGUAAUAGUGAUAAUCAUAAAAUUUCGCAAUAUUUCGGCUGAACUUGAAGAGUGUAAUAAAAUUAUUAUAGAAGGAGGAUCACAAGCGCUUCAAAGAAUAUUCGCUGAUUUCAGUGAAAUGAAAAUAGCCAUUAAUAAUUUAAAAUCAAGUAUUCAGGAAUGUCGGGGAGAUAAUGAAACCAAAACAAGAGAGCUACCCCAAUUGGAUAUCUACGUUACGGAUAGUUUGCCCCAGAAAUGUGUCAAGGAAACUUUACCGAAAGAUUGUGCCGCUGCAACGGCAUGUACGCAGCGCAGUGGUAUUUACAAAAUCCAAAUAGAUAAGUACAGUUUUGAACCAUUUUAUGUGGAAUGCGACGCCGAUACCGAAAAUGGCGAUUGGCUUUUGAUACAAAGACGCCAUGAUGGCUCUGUCGAUUUCUCUCGCAACUGGGAAGAGUACGAAAAAGGUUUCGGUGAUGUCGAUGGUGAAUUUUUUAUCGGAUUGAAAAAACUUUACGCUCUAACAAACUACAAUGGACCACAAGAGUUAUUGAUUCUAAUGGAAGAUGCAAAUUCUACUGCCGCAUAUGCCAAAUAUGAUACAUUCGCCAUUGGAAAUGAUACAGAGAUGUAUAAACUAAAGAAAUUGGGAAAAUUUACAGGCUCAGCAGGUGAUUCAUUGAAGAUUCACUUGGGUAUGAAAUUCACAACAAAAGAUCGUGAUAAUGAUAUUCAUGCUACUUUAAAUUGUGCUGCGCAUUUUACGGGGGCAUGGUGGCAUGCGGGAUGUCAUCAUAGUAAUCUUAAUGGCAAAUAUGGCGAUAAUACAUUCGGAAAAGGUAUCAAUUGGAAGUCUUAUCGGGGUCAUAAUGCUUCGCUUAAGUAUGUAAAAAUUAUGAUACGUCGACGUAGGAGUUCAUCAUAAAAUGUUUUUAAUUGUUUAGAGUUUAUGUUUUAAUAAAAUUAUACAUAUAUUAUUUAUUGGAAUAGUAGGAUGUUUGUGUUCUUAAUAAAAUCUGACAAAUACAA